GGCCGCCGCCGGUGCCGGGUCCUUGAGCUGAGCGUCCGCCGCCGGGAGCUAACUGCCGCUCUCAAGCGUCCGCGCGGGCGGGCCGAGGCGCCGCCGGGCCGGCGAGGAGCCGCGGCCGCCGCGGAGGAGGAGGCAUCAGCAGGAGGCUGGAGCAGCAGCCACCGCUGGGCGCAUGGCGUCCAUCUUACUGAGGAGCUGCCGCGGUCGGGGGCCCGCCUGCAUCCCGGCGCCCCGCACCGCCGCCCGGAGAGGUGGUCUGGGGGAUCGCGCUUGCCUUAAUUGUGCCGGUGCCGUGGGGCUGACGAGCCGUGUGCAUGUCCCGUUGGGCGGCUGUGUCGCGCUCCACCCCGUGUACCUUUCCUUCAGAGGUGAUGCCCUGGGCGGCUGGACUCGGAGGCCCGAGCGCACGUGCGCCGUGGCCCGAGGCCCGUGGGCCCCCGCCUCGGCCGGUCUGCUUGUCACCGGGCCGCGGGUCCUUCCCGCGCGCUGCUGGCACUCGUCGCCCGUGCUGGCCGACGACUCCGUGGUGGAGAAGUCGCUCAAGUCCCUGAAGGACAAGAACAAGAAGCUGGAGGAGGGAGGCCCCGUGUACAGCCCCCCCGCGGAGGUGGCCGUGAAGAAGUCCCUGGGGCAGCGGGUCCUGGACGAGCUGAAGCACUACUACCACGGCUUCCGCCUGCUGUGGAUCGACACCAAGAUCGCUGCGCGCAUGCUCUGGCGCAUCCUCCACGGCCACAGCCUCACCCGCCGCGAGCGCAGGCAGUUUCUCCGGAUUUGUGCUGACCUCUUCCGCCUGGUCCCCUUCCUGGUCUUCGUGGUGGUGCCGUUCAUGGAGUUCCUGCUUCCUGUCGUGGUGAAGCUCUUCCCCAACAUGCUGCCAUCCACGUUUGAGACACAGUCCAUCAAGGAGGAGAGGCUGAAGAAGGAGCUGCGGGUCAAGCUGGAGCUGGCCAAGUUUCUGCAGGACACCAUUGAAGAGAUGGCCCUGAAGAACAAGGCGGCCAAGGGCAGCGCCGCCAAAGACUUCUCUGUGUUUUUCCAGAAGAUCCGAGAGACGGGGGAGAGACCCAGCAAUGAGGAAAUCUUGCGAUUUUCCAAGUUGUUUGAGGACGAGCUGACGCUGGAUAACCUCACGCGGCCGCAGCUGGUGGCGCUGUGCAAGCUGCUGGAGCUCCAGUCCAUUGGCACCAACAACUUCCUGCGCUUCCAGCUGACCAUGCGGCUGCGUUCCAUCAAGGCGGACGACAAGCUGAUUUCUGAGGAAGGCGUGGACAGCCUCAGCGUCAAGGAGUUGCAGGCGGCGUGUCGGGCUCGAGGCAUGCGGGCCCUGGGCGUCACAGAGGACCGCCUGCGGGACCAGCUGAAGCAGUGGCUGGAGCUGCACCUGCACCAGGAGAUCCCGACAUCACUACUUAUCCUGUCCCGGGCCAUGUACCUGCCAGACACCCUGUCGCCCGCCGACCAGCUCAAGUCCACGCUGCAGACCCUCCCGGAGAUUGUGGCGAAGGAGGCGCAGGUGAAGGUGGCCGAGGUGGAGGGUGAGCAGGUGGACAACAAGGCGAAGCUGGAGGCCACGCUGCAGGAGGAGGCGGCCAUCCGGCAGGAGCUUCGCGAGAAGCAGCUGCAGGAGCGCUCGGAGGCCGCAGCCGCGAAGGAAGUGCAGCCGGAAGUGGUGGCAGAAGCUACCCCUGGGCAGCCGACGGCGGAGCUGCAGCCGGAAGUGGCCGACGUGAUCCUGCCAUCAGAGACCCUGAAGGACACGGCCCCCAUCCUGGAGGGCGUGAAGGAGGAGGAAAUAACCAAGGAGGAGAUUGACAUGCUCAGUGAUGCUUGUUCAAAACUGAAGGAGCAGAAGUCAUCCCUGACGAAAGAGAAGGAGGAGCUGGAGCUGCUGAAAGGGGACGUGCAGGAGUACAGCGAGGACUUGCAAGAGAUCAAGAAGGAACUUUCAAAGACUGGCAAAGAAAUGGACGUGGAAGAAUCUAAAGCCAGCAAGAGGCUGACCAAGAGGGUGCAGCAAAUGAUCAGCCAGAUAGACGGGCUGCUCACGCAGCUGGAGGCCGACCAGCAGGCUGGCAGGCUGGGCCCGGCCGCCCCGGGCUCGCCCGCGGGGGAGACUGUCAUCAGCGUCACUGAGCUCAUCAAUGCCAUGAAGCAAAUCAAGCACAUUCCAGAAAACAAGCUCGUCAGCCUGGCUGCAGCACUGGAUGAGAAUAAGGACGGCAAGAUCAACAUUGACGACCUUGUGAAGGUGAUCGAGCUGGUGGACAAAGAAGACGUACAUAUCUCCACCAGCCAGGUGGCCGAGAUUGUGGCAACACUGGAGAAAGAGGAGAAGGUGGAGGAGAAGGAGAAGAAGGAGAAGGCCAAGGAGAAGGAGGCUGCCGAGGUGAAGGGUUAGCUGCCCGCCACCGCCUCCAGCCGCGGCAGUGAUUGCUCUGAGGUGAUUCUUACUGACAAACGUAGUAUUUUGUCUGGAAUAAAUCAGAAACUUCCAUAAUCAAGUAAUUUUUAAUUUUCACCAUUCCAUGAAGAUCCAAUCAGUCUGGAAGGCCCGAGCCCCUCCAGGGAAUGUGUCUGCGUUCGCACCGUGGCUGCCGCAGCGGCCCCCUGGCUCACAGGUGGGCUCGGGCCCACGCCCUGCUGGUGCCCCGGGAGGAGAGGACCGGCCGCCUGGACGCCCAGCAUGGCCCCCUCAGCCCUAGAGAAGACAGAGUCUGCCGACGCAGCUUCCUGAAGGCGUGUCAUUAGGAGCGGCCGUGCUCAUUGUCUCUCCCAUCAGUAACCACGGAGGAAACGUCCGUUGAUGGCGCCAAACCCCUGCAAAAUCAGUGUCUCACGCACAUUUCCUGUUCUCUGUGUAUCAGCUCUGUUGAUCUCCCUUUGAUUUUCACCUUUAAGCAGUUACCGGUAGUUUCACCUGCCAGUCUGCCUGACUGGCGAGUGCCAGCAGUGUCAAGUACAGCGUGAGAGAUGAGGGAAGCCCUCGCAGAUGAAGCACUUCAUGUCUGAGUGAUUCAUUGUGCUGUUGUGGCUUUUAGAACGUUUCCUAAUCUGGAUUGUCUCCACUUCAUUGCCCUGUGGGUGGUUGGAGGGGCCCGGGACUGGCAUGUCCACAUGCCCGCGACCCUUUCGGCCCAGCUCCUCCAGCAUGAGCAGGCAGCUGACUGUUCCCGGUGCUGUGGGGGGUGCCCCACGGGGCUUGCAGAAGCGUAGGCACCUGGCCGCCUGGGGCCUCUGCUCUGUCUGACCCACAAGAACAUUCUUUUAGGAGAUUCCAAACAUAGGAAUGGAAGACGUAGGAAAAAGGGGCCAGAUUAGCCGGGGCUCGGAAAUGAGAGCUGCUGAAUUACUUGAAACUUGCUCAGCUGUUGAGGAAGAAACUUGACAAAACAGGAAUAGGAUUUUGUGCUCUGAGGUUAAACCUCUGCUCAGUAACAGUUGGGUUGUUACUUGAGCAGUAGCCUCUAGAUGCUUCCUGGGUACUCACGAGCUGUCGUACAUAUUUCUGUGGCCGGAUUUGCAGCUGUAGACAGCUUGCUUAUGAGCUCUGCCCCUGUGCCCGCAACGGUGUCCGUCCUUCUGGGGAGCGGUGCGCUGGGCCCAUUCGGGGUGCACGGCUCAGCCCUGCCCUCACCCUCGCUGCCUUUGCCGGGUGCCGUGCCUGCCCAGCGCUGCUGUCACUGCAGAACGCAGCUGCCCUCCUGCUCUGGAAUUGCCCUUCCAGUCGUCUGCCACAUGGGGACGCCACCAGCCCAGUGCUGCUGGGGCUUUGUGCAUGCACAUGGCACCAGCUGCCAGCGGGCACCUUUAGUGUUUGUGAUGUGGGCAACUGUCUGCUAUGGGCUCCUCCCUUCAUUUGUCUUCACUUUUACUGUUGCAGCUGAAGCCAGGGUCCAGGUGCAGGUGUGAUAAGUGAUGGGCCCAGAAAUGAGGCUCGUGUGACAAGGUGUUGGACAGGCAAUUGUGCUUGGACCGCCCGUGCCAUCAGGAGUGCCCUCUUUGUGCCCGCCUGAAAAUGAACCGGGAAACCUUAGCACGUGUCCCCUCAUGCGCUCCACCUAUACGCCCAGUUUUUCAGUAGAGAUUCCGGAAAUUGGCACAGGGCUUCCAGAGUUGUUUUGGAUGGAGUAUGAAAAUCCAGACUUUUAAAAAUGAAGGCACCUUGUAAUUUUUGAAGAAUGACCUCCAGCCAGUAGUGCUCACUGUGGGGCCCUGGGGUGGCACCAGCGGGGCGGCACCUCCUGGACCCUGUGCAGUGCUGGCUGUUUCCACACGUCCUCCAAGGGUCCGAGAGCCAGCUCCCCCGAGUCUCUCUGUCCUGGGUUUACACGUGUAACCACCUUUUUUAGAAAUAAUGUUUUUAUUGAAAUAUCAAAUUAAUGUUCCUGUAACAGCUUAAAGUCAGAUUUCCACCUUGGCCAAGCCAAGGUCGAAAAUGUCACGAUUGUCUGAGAGUCUACCUUUGUGACAGCGGUAUGGCCCAGGGUCUGGGUCUGGCCUUGCAGCAGAUGGGCUUGGUGAGUGGGCCGUGGGUCUGGAUGUGCUGCGUGAGGCCAGAGUCGGGGACCCUCACCUUCCGGAGGUCACUCCCUGGCCUCAGGAGUCCUCUUGUUCUGUGACACUGCCCUCCUCAUCCCCUGUCACACUGUGUACCCAGCCUGAUCUGUGUGCUGGUGACUAGACACGCAGUUUGAUGUAAGGAGGUUUAAUAAAGCGCUAUCUUGAUGA